AUGGCUGCCCAUGAGUUGGUCUGCAGUGGAGUGCGCAGGAGGGUGGGAAAUGGUGGAACAACUUUAAUUUGGGGUCACCCAUGGCUCCCUGAUGAAUCAGUUCCAAUGAUACAGACUGCUAUGCCCCAAGCUCUCGAGGGUUCUUUGGUUUCGGGUUUGAUUGACCCGACAUCUGGUACAUGGGAUCAUUCGAUUGUUCAAGACAUAUUUGAUCAGUGUGACGUAGAUCGUAUUUUGAGGGUACCAGUUGCAAUUGAGUAUGAGGAUUUGUGGUUUUGGUUAGGGGACCCCAGGGGCAUCUAUACUGUUAAAGAUGGCUACAAACGACUUGUUGGAGAAUUUGUGCAUACCCCGGGCACUUUUGAUAAAUGGCUACAUCUCUGGAAAAUCAAAUGCCCUGCGAAAUGGAAAGUUUUUGUUUGGAGAGCACUCUCUAAUGUUCUUCCUACUACAACUAACUUGAUCUUAAAAAGAGUAGAUAUUGAUCCAGCAUGCCCUAUGUGUGGUACCUUGCAUGAAAACACAAUGCACUCACUUCUAUUGUGUGAAUUUUCUACACUAGUAUGGCAUGAAUCUUCCUUGCAUGUUCCUAGUGUGGGAGGGGAUGAUUUUUGUGAGUGGUUUGAUAAUGCAUUAGGCAUGUUAACAGAGGAUGAUCUUCUUAUUGUUGUAGCCCUACUGUACUACCUGUGGAGGGCAAGGAAUACGACAUUAUGGGAAGGCUCAUUACCGCACCCCAAGGCCGUAUGGCGUUCGGCACGAGUCGCGGUCCAGGCGUGGCGGCAGGUGCACCCAGCAGCGGACGAGCAGCCCUCGGCCCAGGCUGUGACGAGCCUCCCAGUGCACAAUGCAGAGCUGCUUUGCUAUGUCGACGCGGGCUUCCAUCAGCAGACAAAGGCGGCCACGGUCGUUGCGGUGUUAAUGCAACAUGGCAGCUUCGUUGCAGCUUUCAACAGCAGGCUCUCGAACUGUUAUUCACCACUUAUGGCGGAAUCGUUAGCCUGUAAAGAAGCCUUGUCAUGGCUCAAGGAUCGGGGAGUAUCCUCGGUGCAUAUCUUCACAGAUUGUUCCACUCUCAGGAGUUUGUUAACGGCAACUACUAUCAGCCUUUUCUCGUAUGUUAGUUUUUCAAUUGAUGCUUCUAGGUCUAUUAUGGCUUCCUUUAUUCGCUGUUCAGUUAGUUUAAUUCCAAUGUCUGCUAAUAGGGGGGCUCACGCUCUUGCGGCGGUAGCUUUCUCGCAAUCUUCUGCUUUGUAUUGGGAUUCUAUCCCCCCUAACUCUAUUUCUGAGUUGAUUUAA